GCCCCCUCCGCCCCGUCCCGCGGCGCCAUGCGCAGGCUCAGUUCCUGGAGAAAGAUGGCGACAGCCGAGAAGCAGAAGCACGACGGGCGAGUCAAGAUCGGACACUACAUCCUGGGGGACACGCUGGGGGUCGGCACCUUCGGCAAAGUGAAGGUUGGCAAACAUGAGUUGACUGGGCACAAAGUUGCUGUGAAGAUACUCAAUCGACAGAAGAUUCGAAGCCUUGAUGUGGUAGGAAAAAUCCGCAGAGAAAUUCAGAACCUCAAGCUUUUCAGGCAUCCUCAUAUAAUUAAACUGUACCAGGUCAUCAGUACACCAUCUGAUAUUUUCAUGGUGAUGGAGUAUGUCUCAGGAGGAGAGCUAUUUGAUUAUAUCUGUAAAAAUGGAAGGAAAUCUGAUGUACCUGGAGUAGUAAGAACAGGCUCCAUGAAGGAGCUGGAUGAAAAAGAAAGUCGGCGUCUAUUCCAACAAAUCCUUUCUGGUGUGGAUUAUUGUCACAGGCAUAUGGUGGUCCAUAGGGAUUUGAAACCUGAAAAUGUCCUGCUUGAUGCACACAUGAAUGCAAAGAUAGCUGAUUUUGGUCUUUCAAACAUGAUGUCAGAUGGUGAAUUUUUAAGAACAAGUUGUGGCUCACCCAACUAUGCUGCACCGGAAGUAAUUUCAGGAAGAUUGUAUGCAGGUCCAGAGGUAGAUAUAUGGAGCAGUGGGGUUAUUCUCUAUGCUUUAUUAUGUGGAACCCUUCCAUUUGAUGACGAUCACGUGCCAACUCUUUUUAAGAAGAUAUGUGAUGGGAUCUUUUAUACCCCUCAGUAUUUAAAUCCAUCUGUGAUUAGCCUUUUGAAACAUAUGCUGCAAGUGGAUCCCAUGAAGAGGGCCACAAUCAAAGAUAUCAGGGAACAUGAAUGGUUUAAACAGGACCUUCCAAAAUAUCUAUUUCCUGAAGAUCCAUCAUAUAGUUCAACCAUGAUUGAUGAUGAAGCCUUAAAAGAAGUAUGUGAAAAAUUUGAAUGCUCAGAAGAGGAGGUUCUCAGCUGCCUUUAUAACAGAAAUCACCAGGACCCUUUGGCAGUUGCCUACCACCUCAUAAUAGAUAACAGGAGAAUAAUGAAUGAGGCCAAAGAUUUUUAUUUGGCGACAAGCCCACCUGAUUCUUUCCUCGAUGAUCACCAUUUGACUCGACCACAUCCUGAAAGAGUACCAUUCUUGGUUGCUGAAACACCAAGGGCACGCCAUACCCUUGAUGAAUUAAAUCCACAGAAGUCCAAACACCAGGGUGUAAGGAAAGCAAAAUGGCAUUUGGGAAUUAGAAGUCAAAGUCGACCAAAUGAUAUCAUGGCAGAAGUUUGUAGAGCAAUUAAACAAUUGGAUUACGAAUGGAAGGUUGUAAACCCGUAUUAUUUGCGUGUUCGAAGGAAGAAUCCUGUGACAAGUACAUACUCCAAAAUGAGUCUACAGCUAUACCAAGUGGAUAGCAGAACAUACUUACUGGAUUUCCGUAGUAUUGAUGAUGAAAUUACUGAAGCCAAAUCAGGAACUGCUACUCCACAGAGAUCAGGAUCAGUUAGCAACUAUCGAUCUUGCCAAAGGAAUGAUUCAGAUGCUGAGGCUCAAGGAAAAACCUCAGAAGCUUCUCUUACCUCAUCUGUGACCUCACUUGACUCUUCUCCUGUUGACUUAACUUCAAGACCUGGAAGUCACACAAUAGAAUUUUUUGAGAUGUGUGCAAAUCUAAUUAAAAUUCUUGCACAGUAAACCUAAAACUUUGCUUAUUUCUUUGAUAGCAAUAAGCAUGCGUAAUAACUCAUAGCCAAAUGCUUCCAUUUAUAAUCAAGUUAUAUGUAAUCGUAACUGAGGAUUAGCCUUUUGGAAUGCAAUUUGCACAAGGAACAGAAAUGAUUAGUAGUUAAAAGCCUAAUGUGCAAAAAUGAAUUAAGAUAACUUUUUGUUCAUCAUUCAGUAGACAUUUAGCCUAAUGUAACAUAUACAGUGAAUUACAGGUUUCUCAGGCUCACUUGAUUUUUAGUAUUUUAUAUUUAGUGUACACAGGGCUUUGUAGAAUAUUAAUUUACCAUAAAGGCCUUCAUAGAUUAUUACAUGUUGAUGUGUUUUAUAUUUGUUUCAUACAUUUAUUCAGUGAAUAUUUGCCUAGAAUCCUAGAGACCUUUAUAGGUGAUUUUGUUUCCUGGGUUCCUUAACUUCUUAAAUAGCAAGUAUCUUUCCCAGAGUAGGGUCAGUCUGAAUGACUCAUCCAUAUCAUCCCCUUAAUAUUCUAUAGUUCAUGAAAAGUUGUAUCAAAGAUACUAGACACAAUUAAAGUCUUUCUUUAGCUUGUAAGUCCAAAAAAACACAGAACUUAUGUAUUCAGAUACUCUAGGCACAAGUUUUAAUCUUACGUUUUGUCCCACUAUAUUUCUAUACAUAAAUUGCUCUUUUUAUCACAAGAGCUGAAUUGCAUAUACUAUAAAUCAUGAUUGUUUUUGAAUGUCAAAUUCUGCUGCUCAACAUGUCAGUAUUGAAUGUAUGCAAAAAUUUGUAGUCAUUCAAUUAUGUAUGUUUUAAAUUGAUUCAGUGCACAGAAAGAACAUCUCUUACAAAAUUGUUCAAAUGCUCAGAUAAGAUUUUCUCUCAAAAUUGUAUUAUGAAUAUUUUUAAGAACAGAAAAAUUAAAAGGCUACAGGGUGAUCAAGUGUGUAUCUAACACUUAGGUUCAACAUUUGUUAACAUUUUGCCACAUUUACUUUCUGUCUAUCUGUGUGUACAGAUAUAGUUACAUAUAUAUGUGUAUAAAUAUGCUUUUUUUCCCCUCUGAACCAUUUGGAUGUUGCUGACAUACUCAUUACCCUUCAACACUUCAAGCAUCUAAAAAUGACAUUUUCCUUAAAAAAAUAUACCAUUACAAAAUGAAUAAUUCCCUAAUGUCAUCUAAUCAUGCACAUUUAUAUUUCCUCAGCCAUAGCUGGUUAUUUCAAACCAGGAUUCAAUUAAUGUUUACACAUUGCAUUUGGUUAUGUCUCUUUAGAUAUGACAUUAUUAUUAUUUUAAUAAAAUAUGGAACAAAUUGGUUAGUUCUUCUAAAUGGUCACAUUUGUUUUGGAUUUUACUUCCUUUUUAAAAAGCAUAAUGGGAACUGCCUAAUGAUGCUUAAUCUUUCUAAGCUCUCAUUUAUAGUUAUAUUCUUUUACUUGCUCUUAGUAACAGCAUUAUAUUAAUAGGUGUAAAUGAGGAUCUAGUCAAAUCAGAUAAAAUGGGUAUCAUGUGUAUGCUGUGUCAUAAAUACUGUGUCACCCAUAAUUGCCUUAUACUAUUUUAACUUCAAAAAAUUGAUUUUUUUGUAUAUUAAUCAUUUUUCCAUUGCAGCAGAGCUGUCUUUUUCCCUUUUAAGGUUUUUGUAUUAUAGGAUUGUUUUUGGCAAAUACAGUGAGCACCUAUAUAAUCAGACAGUAAUGUACUCAAAUGUCAUGAUAGUUUGCAUAAAUAGUCACUGUAGUUGUAGAUUUGGCUCCAGCACCCCUAGAAACAGACACUGAAUUCAAAAGAAAAAUCUUCCUUGUUUUUGUCGAGGAGUUGUUCUAUUCAACUUAGAAUCUGAGAGCUGUAGAAAAUGACAGGAGUUCCAUUGAAAUCUAAGUUCAAAACUGUAUUUAUAACUUGUGUGGCCCUCUGUUUUGGGGAUAUUGAUUUCAUACAGGUUCUGUAAAUGCAGCAUUAUGUUCCUGAUGUUAAGAACAGAAGACUGUAUUUUUAAAGUUAAAGAUUUGUAUAUAGAACAAAGACAUCAUUGUAAAGUCUUUAUAAGCUGUUGUGGGGAGGGGGAAGCAAAAGGAGGAACCAAUUAAAUAGGACCUUCUAAAAAUUGUUGAUUUUGUAUACUUUGCUUCUUUUUAAGUUAUUGUGAUUCCUUUUAGUUACUGAGUUUUAUUUUAAAGAUACUUAAAUAUUGCACUUGUACAAAUAGUAUGAUAAAUGCACAGACUAUUGCAGUAAAUUCUUUUUUAAGUUGGUGUAUUUGAAAUGACUUUUGGUUGUGUAUGUCAAGGUUGUAUCAGAAUUUUCACAAGUUUAUUGUAGUUUGCAAUUCUUACUAAAUGAAGAUAAAAAGCAGUGCAAAUGAUUUUUAGUUUUUUUAUUAUCUUUUCAGCAAUUUAUAUUUUUUGUGAUUUUAUGCAACCAUAUUUUUACUUUGUCUUGACAACUGAAAGAUGUAUAAAGUUUUUGCCAGAAAUGUACUGUAUACAUAGUUUUAAAUAUAACAGAUUUUACUGAUAUGUAAAAAGUUUGCCAUUAAAAUAGAUGAUUUCUCACUGAGAGGAAAUUUUCUACCAGGUUGGGGGACAUGGGAGCUUAAUAUAUCUAAUUUAAAAUAAUUUCACUGAAAUAAACUCCAUUGCUUUUACUUUGA